AUGGGUUUAGGUGCAGACCUACUGAUUUUUGUAUUUGCCGCGGUACCUGCGGCCCUUUUGGGUCUGUAUAUGUAAGUUCAUCUUUAACUUCAAUGGAGUUGUAUUUUAGUGUUGCCCGUCUUUAUCCAUGCCCGCGGAAGAACACGGUGGAAUAUGCUGUUCGGGCGAGACGGAAGUACAAGCCGAAUGGAGAAGGUGAACCAUUUCAAAAUCUUCUCACUGGGAGUGGCAAAACCCUAAGUCAAUUGGAAGUUAGCGAAUCUGAGUGUUAUCUCUCCGUGAUUGUCCCAGCUAUGAAUGAAGAGGUAAGAGUAUCUUCUUUAUUCAUUUUGGCCAUUAGGAACGGCUGCCUGUCAUGUUGGACGAAUGCUUGGAAUAUUUGGACACGAGGGCAAAGAAGCAAAAGGAUUUUACUUACGAGGUUAUAGUAGUCGACGAUGGGUCGUCGGAUAAAACUUCUGAUGUCGCGUAUAAAUAUUCGGCUACCGGGCAUAUUUCUGUCUUAAAGCUAAAACAGAACGUUGGAAAAGGUGGAGCAAUUCGAAAUGGAGUCUUAUGUGCCCGCGGACAAUACAUUUUGUUCGCAGAUGCUGAUGGUGCUACAAAAUUCUCGGAUUUUAAGAAGCUGGAGGACAAAGUAUCAGAUACUGACGGCAAUAAAGACGCUGUUAUUGCUGUUGGUUCACGUGCUCACCUGGAGAAAGAUUCAAUUGCUCAAAGAAGUCUUUUACGAACUAUUUUAAUGGUAGGAUUCCAUCUUCUGGUGUAUAUUUUCGCUGUGAGGACGGUCAGAGAUACGCAAUGCGGGUUCAAGCUGUUCUCAAGGAAAGCUGCAGCUUUUGUAAGGUUUGAAACUUGUUACCUGUACUCAAAAUGUUAUUACUAACAUAAGUGAUCUUUUAGUUGUUCCCUCGAAUUCACGUCGAAAGAUGGGCCUUCGAUGUUGAGCUGUUAUAUCUUGCGGAAGUGAAACGUAUACCUGUCCAUGAAGUGUCUGUUGAAUGGCAUGAGGUGGAAGGAUCCAAACUAGCCCCACUCUGGACGUCCAUUGAGAUGGGUCGGGACAUUUUGCUGAUAUGGGCCCGAUAUUGGUGCGGGAUUUGGAAGGUUGCCGCGUAA